GCGAGAGUUAGAGGUAGGGCCGGCCUGCUGCUCGGCGGCCCGAUGUGCGCCUCGCAGCUGGCGCUGCUGCCGGUGCUCUUCCUGAUGCUUCCCGGAGGCGCCCGGCCUCAGUCCUCAUCCUUCCUCUCAGGGGCAGCGCCCACCUCCUCUUCAGGCCUGGACCCCCUGACCAACGGGGGCACCCUUCGGCCCCCCGCAGCGUGGUCUCCGACUCCCCAGGGGGACCCCGGGCCCUCCGCGAUGGGCCCCACCGCGGUGACCUCCUCGGCGCCCGAGAAUAGGACUGUGGACCCCCUUCCAGUCUUGCCGACCUGUGUCUGCGAUCUGACUCCUGCUGCCUGCGAUCUGAACUGCUGCUGCGACAGGGACUGCCACCUGCCCCAUCCAAGGACCGUUUUCUCCUUCUGCCUUCCGGGCAGUGUCAGGUCUUCAAGUUGGACAUGUGUAGACAACUCUCUUAUCUUCAGGAGUAAUUCCCCAUUUCCUUCCAGAGUUUUGCUGGAUUCAAAUGGCAUCAGACAGUUUUGUGUCCACGUGAACAACUCAAAAUUGAACUAUUUCCAGAAGGUCCAGAAGGUCAGUGCAACCAGUUUCCAAGCCCUGGCUGCGGAGUUUGGAGGGGGCUCAUGCAGUGCAACAUUGCAACCCCAGCCGCUGCCGCCCUUCUACAAGGCUGGGGAUCCCAUCCUGACUUACUUUCCCACGAGGUCUAUAAUAAGCUUGCUGAGGCAGCCUGCAGGAGUGGGAGCUGGGGGAGUUUGUGCUCAGCGCAAUCCUGCAGGUUUCUUAGAGAGUAAACGUACAACCUGCACUCACAUCUUGAAGAAUCUGGCAAGUAGCUGUACCUUGGAUCCAGCCCUGGACGCUGGCUCUUACUAUAACUUCACGGUCUUGAAGGUUCCACGAGGUGUGACUGACCUGCAGAAUAUGAAGUUCCAGGUUCCUGUGACACUUGCCUCGCAGGCUGAUCCUCCUGUGCUGGCUGGAAACACUUGCCAGAAUGCUGUUUCCCAGGUCACCUAUGAGAUAGAAACGAAUGGAACCUUUGGAAUCCAGCAAGUUUCUGUCAGCUUUAGGCAGAUCAACCUGACUAUUGAACCAGUUGUUUCCUUACAGCAAGACUUCAUCGUUCAUUUUAGGGCUUUUCGGCAGAGCACAGUUGCUGCUGCUGCUGCUGCCGUGCCUCGAAGUGGGAAUCCUGGCUACGUCGUCGGGAAGCCUGUGCUGGUCCUCACUGGUGACCUCACUCACUCUAUGACCCUUUUGCAGAGCCAGGGUAACGGAAUUUGCUCUGUUAAAAGACACGAAGUACAGUUUGGAAUAAAUGCGAUAUCUGGAUGCAAGCUCAGGCUAACAGAGGUAGACUGUAGCCAGCUGCAGAGUGAGAUUUAUCAGAUUCUUCACGGAAGCCCCAGGCCAGAGCAUGUCGCCAUCUUUGGCAAUGCCACCCCAGCUCAGAAGGGAGGGUGGACCAGGAUCCUGCACCGAAGCUGCAGGCUUGCGGCUGUGAACUGUACUUCCUGCUGUUUCAUACCAGUUUCUCUGGAGAUCCAGGUGUUGUGGGCAUAUGUAGGCCUUCAGUCCAACCCACAGGCUCACGUGUCAGGGGCACGAUUCCUAUACCAGUGCAGGUCCAUACAGGUUUCUCAAAAUGGAACCGAAGUGCCUUUGACAACUCUUGUAAAUUUUAUGGACAUUACACAGAAGCCAGACCCUCCACGAAGCCAGCCCAGAAGAGACUGGAAACUGCCUUUUGACUUCUUUUUUCCUUUCAAAGUAGCAUUCAACAGAGGGGUAGAUUCUCAGAAGGACUCACCUUCUCCCCUCUGUAUCCUGUGCCUCUUACUGCUUAGAGUUCUCAACCUAGAGACUAAGUGAAGAAAUGGAAUAGUAAGAUUUCAGUUCUCCCUGUGGGCCGCUCUGAGGCAGCCUGCUUACAUCAUGGCUGUGUAGAUCACUGUGCUGCUCAUCACUAAAGGAGAGAAUUUAGGAAAAUAUAACCUGAAGGAAUCUUUGAGCAUGAGAGAAGGUACUUUAGGAAAGCAAGAGCUGGCGAUGGUGGCACGCACCUGUAACCCCAGCCCUUAGGAGGCUGAGGUUAGGGGAUUGGGUGUUCAAGGCCAUCCAGGACUGUCCAGUUAGAUCUUGUCCUUAAUAAACAGGAAGGAGAGAAGGGCAGUAAUAGUGUUUCUCUAUAAUCGCUACCUGCUGAGGGCUCUGCAGGCCACUAGGUGCACAUUAGGUUCUCUGCCAGCCCUUCUGGUUGCGUUUUGCCUGAGUGUAAAGGUUGGCAAGAAAGUCUGCCUGCUUGUAAGCAGUCGUGCCCAGCACGAGGUCCGCGUUUCAGCACUCACCCAGGGUGAACCCAGGACUGACUGCCCUCUGGAGUUGAGCGAGCUGACUGUUGAGGCUAGGAAACUGCUAGCUGUGUGUUUUGUCUAGCUUCUUUGCCAAGGUGGGGCCGCGCCGUCCAGGCAUGAGCUGCAAGAGUAAUCCUUUCCAUUUGGUUUGCAGAAUGAGUGUGGAAUGCCAGCUCUUCUUUCUGCUAGCAAAUAAUCUUACCAUUCAUUUUUGCUCUUCUCUUCAUUGUGAGGAGAAAGAAAACAUUGGCAGCUUUGUAAUACUAUGUCCAGCAGCAUGGCAAAAAUAAUACGCCUGUGAUGGGCCUCUCAGUUUUUUGUGUUUUUCCUGUGUUUAUGAUGUUCCAAAAGAAAACUGGCAUGGUUGUACACGUCUGCAGUUCCAGCACUCUGGGACACUGAGGCAGGAGGAUCACAGGUUCAAGCCCAGCCUGAGUAACUUGGU